UUUAUUGUAGUGUAAUAUAAAUUUAAUUACUGUAAUAGGAAUUGAGAAAUGAGAAUUGAGUAUUGAGUAUUGAGUAUUAUUGUGGAGAGCAUUGGAUUGAGAAUUGAUUGUGAAAAUUGAAUGUUUACGUCACUCUCUUGAUCACGUAUAGUUGCGACAUUUGUCUGGUGUUUAUCAGGGUUCUAUUAAUAAAAAAAUGUCAUGUCGUAUUAUCACACCAAAAAAAUAAAAAAUCAUAAGAAUUAGGUGUCAAAUGUCUCGCAUCUUCCUUGCUGCCGUUUUUUUCUUUUUUUCCUUUUCUUUUCCCACUUAAUCAAACUAGUUAAUAUCGAUUUAUUUCUUCUUUUCUUGAUCUACACCUUAAUGAAAUACCUUUCACGAUGGAUGGAGAACUAAAGACUAAGACUACGUUCGAUUUAGAACCUAACCCUUUUGAAAGAUCCUUUGCAAGUAAAGAAUCAUCUACUCAAUCUUUACCUGUUAGUAAGCAAAAAUUAGAUUCUAAUUCAGGAGUAAAUACAACAACUUCUGAUACAACAACUUCAGAAACUUCAGCUUCUGGUCCAACCUCUACUGCUUCAAUAACUGGUAAUAAUAAUAGACCAGAUUUACAUAUUCCAAAUAUUUCAAAUUUAAAUAAUCAAUCAAAUGGGAAAUUACCUGGAAUAACUCCUCCAUUAUUUACCCCAGGUGGAAGAAGAUUACCUCCAUUAAGUUUAUCACCUCCAGUAAAUCCUUCAGGUGCAUUAUCAAAUCCCGGAACUCCAAAUACUAAUUUAUGGAAUAGUUUAUUAUCGGCAACCAAUAAUCAAAAUAAUACUAGUAAUCCAAAUAAUUCAAAUACUCCAAAUAAUCCUCAAUUAACUCAUACAAAUUCAAGUUUUAAUCAAUUUUUAAAUACUUUAAGGAAAACAGGAUUGACUCCUAAUGAAUCAAAUAUUAGAUCAGGUUUAACCCCAGGUGGAUUAAAUCAUCAAUUUUCUUUUACUAGUCAAAUGAUACCGGGAUUAACUACUCCAUCAGCUUUAUUAAAUAGUCCUAUGACUCCCGGAUUAUCUUCUCUUUUAAGUAUGGCAAAUGGUCCUCCAACUGCAUCACUUCCAAUAUCAAAUGGUCAAACAACAGCACCAACUCAACAACAAGGUCCCCCACCACAAAUUCAAGUUACUCAACCUAUAGUAUCUGGUAAUAAUACCGAUAAUGGUACAACUUCUUCUGGAGUGAAAAACUCCCUUCCUUCCACUUUAGAAAUUGAAGAACCUACUGAUUCUGUAGAUACUAAAACAUCUAAAGUUUCUAGCAAUUCUCCAACUACUUCUAGAAAGAGAAAGAAGGAUGAUUCACAACCUUCUAAAAAGCAGAAACUUGAUACAUCUAACAAUUCUAAAGUUCCUAUAGCAACAUCAACUACUGCUGGCUCAGCAUCAAGUGUUACACCAAGAGGAAGAAAAACCAAUUCCAAAAAGGAACCUAAGGUUAAAGUAGAAGAAGCAGUAACUUCAUCUGCAGAUGAAGAUAGAGGGCCAGGUGAAUCUGAUGAAAAACGUCGCAACUUCCUCGAAAGGAAUAGAGUGGCUGCUUCGAAAUGUCGUCAACGUAAGAAGCAACUAAUUCAAAAGAUGGAAGAUGAAUUGGCAUUUUAUUCUACAGGAUAUCGUGAAUUGUCUGUCCAAGUUAAUCAAUUAUAUGAACAAGUUGUUUCAUUGAAAAGUAUAUUGGAGGGCCAUAAAUCAUGUUCACUUUUACUAUCAUCUGUUGGUGGAGCUGGAAAUUUGAAUAGUAUUCUUCAACAAGCAAACUAUCUUACUCAAGUUACCGCUUCUACACAUACAAAUGCUUCAUCAAUGCCAUCAACAAUCCCAACCACAUUAAAUAUUCCACAACCACAGCCGCCUCAAAUGGGUAUGGCACAAGGUAUUCCCCAAGGUAUUCCACAACAUCAACUUCCUCCUUCAUUUGCUGAACAACAACAAGCACCUCAAUUAGCUUCCAGUGCCAGUGAAACUCCAGAAACAAUUGUUGCUUCUCAUUAUGAUCCAAAUGGUGCACCUUUACCAUCUUCAAAUGGAAAUGGUGAUUUGAGAUUAGUAAGCAGUAUGUCCAAUUUACAAAGUUUGGAUUCAUCCAAAGUUCGUGCACCUCUAAUGUCAGUACAAGCUCCAUUACAACAGCAGCAGCAGCAGCAACAACAACAACAGCAGCAACAAGUGCUAGACGCAAAUAAUGCAGCCAAUUUCAACAACCUACGCCCAGUGGUUGACAUAAAUUUACAACCACAUCCCUCGGCAAAUUUCAAUGGUUUAAAUGUUUAG